UGUUGUUUUUAUGUAGCAGGUAACAUUUUUCUUUAACCUAUCUUACUCUACAACAGUUAGCUACGCCAACGUGUACUCGUGAAAUGAGUACGAUUACUUAUUAACGAUUGUUUUUCAUCCCAGAAGUGGGAUUUUUUUUUUAUAUUGUUGCGCUUUCGGAGUCGCCGCUGAAGAAGAGGAGGUUUACAAAAAGAGCACACAUGUCAUCUGCGGCAGAAACGGUGGAAAAUGCCUCUAUUAUCUCUGAGAACACAGCACAUGAUGGAAAUCGCUUGUGGAUAGGGAACAUUGAUCCCAAAAUCACAGAAUAUCACCUAAUAAAGUUAUUGGAGAGGUUUGGCCAAGUUAAGCAGUUUGACUUCCUGUUUCAUAAGUCUGGGCCUUUGGAGGGGCAGCCGCGGGGCUACUGCUUUGUCAACUUCAGCACCAGAGAGGAGGCAGAGAGAGCGAUCCAGUGCUUAAACGGAAAACUCGCCUUGUCCAAAAAGCUUGUUGUUCGCUGGGCACACGCUCAGAAGUUUGAAGGUUUCCGUAAUGACAAGACGAUGCCUUCGAGCCUGGAACCGUCCAGCAGUGGUUCAACAGAGGCAGGAUCCAUAACCACCAACUACCUCAGCACAAGUGCUAAGAUACGUGCCAUCGAGGCCAAGCUGCAGAUGAUGGAGCAGAACCCAGACGACACCAGUUUUUCAGGCCCGCCUGCUUACAUUUACAACAAGCCGCCCGAGAAGAAGCGCUGGGAGCCCUACUCCAAAUCCCACCACAGUCACCAGGGCCGGCCCUUCCGCAGAUUUAGGAGAUGACCCGUCCUCUCCCCGAUUCUGGAGUCCUCCCUGCCUCCCAGUCUGUACUCCUCGGCUUCCCCAUAGACUGUCAUGGUUCUAGACCCCACACGACCUCCUUCUGGAAGACUUUAGCAUCUGAGCAAAACUGUGAUGGCGGCGAAGCACAGAUCAGCUGGUUUCAGUUGAACGCGGGACCCAUGCUGGACUGCUAUAAGGGUGUCAGUCUUCUUUGUAUGCAAGUUAUUUAUGUACGUAUGAGCCAAACCAUACACAUCUGGAAGAUUUGAUGUUCAGGUCAUGUUAAUAAAUUAAAAAUAGAUGUGUGUGAUUUUUGAGGCUUUGAUUUUUUUUUUCCUUCUAUAGUUUCAAGAUGUCACUUCUUUUUAUUAGUACAGUUUAGGUUUAAAAAAAAACGGAAGCCACUUAGUGUCACUUUUUUGUGGUUACAUUAAAGUGUACUUGUGUGUGUCUUUGGAUUCCUGACUUUUUUUUUUUAUAUUUUCUUGGAUUCAGAUUUAAGUAACUGUACAGAAUGGUGUAUAUAUUUUUGUUUCCUUCGACUUUUCAAUUUUUUGCUGAAAUAAUUAAAUAACUGCAUCUUUGUUUAUUGUUUUUUACAACUGCUGUAAUCCAACAAAAGUAUUAACAUAUUAUUUUUGGUUGAUUUUUUUUUUUUUUUUUUUUUUUUUUUUUUUUUGUGUAAUACCUGAGACUUCUUUUCUAUAAGCAGGUUCAAUUGGGCAAUUAGAUUAUGCUGCUCAUCAGUCCGAUGCAUAAAAAAACAAAAAAGUGGCUUGAAAUAAAACAUUUAAAAACUA